UAGAGACAAUAUUGUGUUGAGUAUGGCGAAUGCGGUGAAACGUUCACUUUUCAUUUCAAUGGAACUGUGUUCGCUACAAAUGGCCAGCAAAAUCUUUUACCAAACAGUAGAUUUAAAAAAUGGUUACGAGUAACUCCGUCAUUUAUAUCAAACAAAGUGCAUGUACAAAUUCAUUUUGUGGUGUUGGAAAUUGUGAUGACUCUAGUUACCGAAAAAUAACUGACGAAAAAAAGAAACGAAAACGUGCGAUUGGGAUCGUGAAUUACGUGAUGCCAUUUCAUCAAUAUGUUUAUUGCGAGUAAACAGUACCCAAUUUUUGGGUGAAGAACUCCGAUGAUAACGUGAUCAAAAUGGAUCAAAACUUGAAAUAAGCCUAUGCGCGGGCGUGCCGCACGGAAUCAUCUUGAGAACGGAGUAUGCUCAACAAUAGAACAUAAACGGAAUCUAAUAUGCGGAUUAGAAGAGUACUUAAAUGCUUGAAACGGUUCUUUGUGUGUCAAACAUACUGGCGUUUUUAUUUUUUUAUUCUGUGUCAGUCGCGCUGAUAUUGAACACUGGGUUCAUGGAAAUCAAAAUGGAACAAAUCAUAAACGAUUUUAUUGAUUGAAUUAAAAGGUAUUUGCGAGUUAUUUGAAUGGUAUGAAAUAACAAAAACAAAACAUUUUAUCAUCAUUCAUCUUUGAAAAAGUAGUGAAAACAUUGUGAACAAUAAAAAAAAUUAUGUGAAACGUGAAAAAUUAAAGAAAAAACUCAACAUUAAUCGAAAGACUUGAGCAUGAGAACCCAAAAAUUGUAAAGCUAUUUCCACUUCGAUGUGAAUAAAAAAAGAUAAACACUUGACCACAUGAGCAAAAUUAGUAUAUUUACAAAAUUGAAAAAAAAUCGAAGGAUAAUCCGUAAAAUAGUAUGACGAGAAUGAAGUCAAUAGCAAGUGGUUUAACUCUAAAAUUAUGAGAAAUGGGGAGAAAAUUGACAAGGACAAACCUCUUAGAGCAACAUCGGCAGCGACGGCGUUGUUGUGUCAAUGUAAAAAUAGUGAAACGUUGUGAAUGUCAAUUUGUCGUCUCAAUAAAGAGCGCACCCACAAAACCAUCUAAUGUGUUCAUAUAUUGAUGACAAAGUUAAAAAUGUGUCCAAGGAUUUCGCAUCUGCAGAGCAACAUCAUAGCGUCAAAAUUCAGCCAAUAAAUUUCAAUAAAAGACUCUUAAUGACGUAACCAAACGCACAAUGUUCCCUUGGAAAAUGGACUUUUGCAUCGUAUUUUAUAUGUUUUUAUUCUUUCACAUGUACAACAUUGCCAGAUGCGAUCACAAAGCUUUCACUGCAGCACAACUGGAAAAUAUUACAAGAACAUUAACACAAAUGCUUGAAGGAUACGAUAUUCGAUUGAGACCCAAUUUUGGAGGCGACCCCCUACGUGUUGGUAUGGAUUUGACGAUAGCCAGUUUUGAUGCCAUAUCCGAAGUGAAUAUGGAUUACACGAUAACGAUUUAUCUGAAUCAGUAUUGGCGAGACGAGCGCUUAGCAUUCAAUACGUUCACAACAUUUGGUGAUAAUUCUCGUAGUAACGAUAUGCUCACAUUGUCUGGAGAUUUUUCCGAGAGGAUUUGGGUUCCAGAUACAUUCUUUGCUAACGAUAAGAAUAGUUUUUUACACGAUGUCACCGAACGCAAUAAAUUGGUGCGUUUGAAUGGUGAUGGCACUUUAACGUACGGCAUGCGGUUCACAACAACACUUGCAUGCCAAAUGGACCUGCAUUUUUACCCUUUAGACUCACAGAACUGUAGCGUGGAAAUCGAGAGCUAUGGUUAUACAAUGUCCGAUGUUCUCAUGUACUGGCAGCCAACUCCCGUGCUGGGUGUCUUCGAUACUGAACUUCCACAAUUCACCAUAUUAGGAUUCGAAACGAAUGACAGACAGGAGGAAUUGGCAACGGGAACCUAUCAACGCUUGUCACUGUCAUUUAAACUUCGACGAAAUAUUGGAUAUUUCAUUUUUCAAACAUAUUUACCCAGUAUACUCAUAGUUAUGUUGUCUUGGGUGUCGUUCUGGAUUAAUCACGAGGCGACUAGCGCCAGAGUAGCAUUGGGCAUCACUACUGUGUUGACGAUGACCACGAUAAGCACAGGCGUUCGUAGUUCGUUGCCACGAAUAUCGUAUGUGAAAGCAAUUGAUAUUUAUUUGGUGAUGAGUUUUGUGUUUGUAUUUGCGGCAUUGCUUGAAUAUGCUGCCGUUAAUUACACAUAUUGGGGUGCUCGUGCGAAGAAAAAACCAAAAAAGAAUAAAACAGAAUAUAAAGUUACAGGAAAAAUAGCAACAAACAAAAAUGAGGGCUGUUGUUCAUCAUCCGAGGAUAUAAUUGAAUUGCAAGACGUUCGAAUGAGUCCGAUAGCAUCGUUGCGUCAUCGCCAAUAUACAUGUGCCGUAAGCGCGACAUGUGGCACCAUCGCCAAUAAUUCAGAACAAGCGGAUUUUUCACAAUUUCCGCCAAGCUUUCGAAUGGUUCGAAACUAUGGUGGAGUGUCUAGCUUGAGUCGAAGUAAUCCACACUAUGGUGUUCGUUAUCGGCAUCCCAAUAGUGCGAAUGCAUCUUGUUCAAAGAAUCCACAUAAAGUCCGACCAAAGAUGUUCCAUGCAAUUCGACGCGGUGCACGCAUACUCCGAAAAUCAUUGCCAACCAUUGAAGAUGUCAAUAUUAUUGAUAAAUAUUCUCGUUGCAUAUUUCCAAUUAGUUUUCUUGCAUUUAAUGCAGGCUAUUGGAUAUUCUACUCAUUAGAAUAAUCAAACCAUCCAAACUUUUCCUCAGUUUUAUUCAAUCGAUUGAUCGAUUAUGAAAUGGAUUUCAAUACAAAAACACUUCUUUUUCUAUAUAAAAACAAAACAACGAGUUAAUCAACCAAAAAAAAAAAACAACUAU